AUGAAGACUGCAAGAUUAUUACCCGCUCUAGUCAUUGCCUUAUUUACUGGAAAGGUUUUUGGAUUCUGGGAACAAGGCCAUUUGAUGGUCGCCAGAAUCGCUUAUGAUCAUUUAAGCUAAGAAUCCCCAUCAGCUCUUUCGGCUGCUAACAACUUACUUCAAGUAUACUCAAAUUCAAACCCAUCAAUGACAUCACUUGAGGGUGAUUUCCCAUUCGUAGAGUGCUCAACCUUUGCUGAUUCAAUCAAGGCUAAGGGUGGCAGCUACCAAUCAGGAUGGCAUUUCAUUGACAACCCAUUCUUUGAUGAGGGUGGUUCAAUCAAUGAUUAUCCAGAUUUCUAAUUCGAUGAAUAAAACAUCGGAAAGGUUAUCCCAGCCCUUGUAGACUGGCUCUCAGGAAACUCAGGCUACCAAAACAGCUUCGCCUACCAACAAAUCACUGAACAUGUCAGCAACGAAAAUGAGGCUAAGUCGUACGCUCUCAGACUCCUUAUCCAUUAUCUCGGAGAUAUUCAUCAACCACUCCACGCCUCAAGCAGAGUUAAUUCUAAAUACCCCAAGGGAGACAGAGGUGGAAACUCCUUCCAAGUUCCACCAAAGGACGACGCCAAAAAUCUCCACUCUGUCUGGGACUCCGUUGUUUACGAUCACGCCGACACGCCAUCUUUGCCAUACAGCUCAUCUGCCUGGAACAGACUAGGAGGUGUAUGCUCUGACUUAGAAAACAAAUACUCAUUCUCCUCAUCAGAGUACAACAGCGUUGAUGUUGACACCUGGGUCAACGAAUCUUUUGCGAUUACCUAAUCAAACGUUUAUAAUGGCAUCACUGAAAAACAAUCACUCCCAUCAGACUACGUCUAGACCAACGUUGAUGUCAUCGAAAAGCACAUCGUCCUCGGAGGUCUCAGACUUGCUACUACCAUCAAGACAAUCUUCGGAAACAGCGGAGCUGUUGAGGAGGCCCUCUUCCUCCAAUGA